AUGACUGCUAGAUCAGCUAGCUCAUUUUCUGCGAUGAGUAUUUAUUUUCCUGAUUCAUUAUUUGAAAUAGCUGGAAAUGCCGUUAACGAACUAAAGGAGCCGAUUAGUUGGUCGUGGUCGGUAUCAAAUGUUAUGGAUUGGGUACAAUAUGGGUUAGGAUUGCCUCAAUACGUAAUAAUAUUCAAGGAGAACAAAAUUGAUGGUAAAAAAUUAAUUUUCAUUAACUGUCAAACACUGCCUUCUUUGCAUAUUACAGACUUUGAUCAUAUCAAGUACAUAGCAAAAAACGUGAGACACUUGUAUGGUCUACCUCCGGACACCGAAUACCACAUCGGUAUCAGUGGCCAGCGGUCGGUGUACCACGUGUACGGCCGGUAUUACUUGCACUUGGCCAACACUUUUGCGGCCGGCGGACGGCGGUCGGCCACGGCUGGCCGCAGAGUGCAGGAGGAAAAGUUGUCGCUGUUCGGUUACAUGAAAUUGGUGGGCAUGGUGACCGAUACGAGACACCGCGGCCCCCGGACGUCUAGUUGUCGUACGGAUGACCGGCCACCGCCGCCGAAACACAAAAUACUGCUGGCUCGGUUGCCGGCCACCGAGUACUUGCGGGGAGGACAGUGCGCUCACGCAGAUCAGGCUGUGGCGCGGUUGCGUCCAAUGCAGCUGGAGACGUGCACGAAACAGCCGUGGCCGCCUGCGAAACAGUGA